AUGAACAACCUCCUGGAGCUGCGAGCGAUCGGGCCGCAGUCAGAGGGGUGCUGCCCGGCCAGCGCCCCGGGCCGCCCGCCGGCGCGGGCGGCGGCGCUGCUCUGGGACGCGAGGACGGCCUUCGACUACAGUCGGACCGAGGUUCGAGCUUUCGGGUUCGAGGUCCGAGGACGGGCCCCGGGAGCUGUCCGGGGCCCGAUCCUGCGCGGCUCCGGGCUCGGGCCCGGGAGGAGCGCGGGGCGCGGCGCGGGCUUUGCCCGGCUGGCCGCGGCCCACCUGGCGGAGGAGGCCGACCUGGCGCGGCGCCAGGCCGCGGAGAUGAUGAGCUGGGGUGGCCUCGGGCAGACGUUAGUGGACGCCGUGGGCAUAGCUCGCCACAGGCCCUCAUCUGCGGAGGCCCUGGACACUCUGUGGCUGAUGGGCCUCCGGGAGGACGAGAACGUGAACCUCUUCGAGACGUCCAUCCGCCACCUCGGGGGGCUGGUGGCCGCCUACGGCCUCAGCGGGAGGAGGGGCCUGCUGGCCAAGGCGGAGGACCUCGCGGGGAGGCUGGCGGUGGCGUACAGCCAGCCCGAGCCGGCCACGGAGACGCUGACCGAAGAGGAGAAGGGCGAGCCCGACCCUGGCGUGAUGGGCGGCCUGCUCCACAAGCUCCUGGGGGGCAGCUCGCUGGAGGGCGCGGAGGAGGAGCGGCUGCAGGCAGCCCUGGAGUCUCUCCCCGCAGAGCCCAUGACCCAGCUGCCCUACUCGGACGUGAACCUCCGGACGGGACAGCUGCAGAACCUCGCCCACUUCACGUCGCUCGCCGAGGCGUACGUGCCCGUGGAGUGGAAGGCCCUGGCGCUGUUCACCGGCAACUGCACCUACGCGAGCCUGCCGGACGAGGUCCUCCGCAUCGUCAACAGCACCGCGCAGCUGGAGACGCGGGGCCUCGCGCCCAUCUCCGGGGGUCCGACGGCCACGCGCUGCCCGCGGAGUCGAACUGCGUCUCGCUGGGGAGCCGAGGGGAUUCGUUUUACGAGUACCUCCUCAAGGACUCCAUCUUCGCCGGCUCCGAGGCGGACAGCUCCGUGACCAGGAAGCUCUGGGCCGCCUUCCGGGCGAACCUGCCGGGGCUGUACGU